GUUAACCAGGGACUGUCGGAGCGGGGAGCGGGCGGACGGCGACCAUCAGCAAAGACGCUCUGCCUUUUGCAGCGAACAAGAUCCGGUUCCAGUAACGCCGCGCUGGGGAACGUUUACAAGCUAGUCGAGGCUUGAGGAUAUUUGGGUGGAAGGGCUUGGACGUCAAGGACAAAAUGAAUGAGUCACAAGUGCUCCAACAAGCCUUUUGCCUCUUCCCCGCCCCCGCUCGGGUUUCUCUUUGGUAUCACUUCAGGGACUUGUGACUGUCGCCAGGUCAGUAAGGGCGAAGAAGGAAUGAAGUAACCCACGCCCCGGAAGCCUUCCUGGCAGCCACGUAGUACCCGGCAGUCACGUGCUCCUCUCUGGUCUCCAGUGCCCACGGCUCUCCCCUCCUCCCCACCUUCCUCUCCCCGCCCCCACAGGAUGCUCUGGAGAGACGGACGGAAGGAGAAGCUGCGUUCUCCCGGCCACUCGCCCUCCCAUAUCCGGCUUCUCGCCCGGUUCCCCGCCCCCCCUCCCCCCCCGCCGGAAGCCCGGAGCGGCCCGCUAGCCCCGCGCUCUUGCGGGCUCUCGGUGGCUGUGGCGGAGCCGCAGGAUGGGGGACAAGAUGGCGGAAGAGGAGUUCCUCAACACAACCCAUGAGGGUCCCAAUAUAACCCUACAUACCACCCUGGCCAUCACCACCAAGCUGGUGCUUCCAACUCCUGCCAAACCCAUCCUCCCAGUUCAGACUGGAGAGCAGGCUCAGCAAGAGGAGCAGUCCAGUGGCAUGACUAUAUUCUUUAGUCUGCUUGUUUUAGCAAUUUGCAUCAUAUUGGUGCAUUUAUUGAUCAGAUACAGACUACAUUUUCUGCCAGAGAGUGUUGCAGUUGUCUCUCUAGGUAUUCUCAUGGGAGCAGUUAUAAAAAUCAUAGAAUCUCAGAAGUUGGCAAAUUGGAAGGAAGAAGAAAUGUUUCGGCCAAAUAUGUUCUUUCUUCUCUUGCUUCCUCCUAUCAUAUUUGAAUCAGGAUAUUCAUUACAUAAGGGUAACUUCUUUCAGAAUAUUGGCUCCAUUACCCUGUUUGCUGUAUUUGGCACAGCAAUUUCAGCUUUUAUUGUAGGUGGAGGAAUAUAUUUUCUAGGUCAGGCUGAUGUCAUUUCUAAACUCAACAUGACAGACAGCUUUGCAUUUGGCUCAUUGAUAUCUGCUGUUGACCCAGUAGCUACUAUUGCUAUUUUCAAUGCACUUAAUGUGGAUCCAGUUCUUAACAUGUUAGUUUUCGGAGAAAGCAUUCUCAAUGAUGCAGUUUCUAUUGUUCUGACCAACACAGCCGAAGGCUUGACAAGAAAAAAUAUGUCCGAUGUCAGUGGGUGGCAGACUUUUCUACAAGCCCUUGGUUACUUCCUUAAGAUGUUCUUUGGCUCAGCUGCACUUGGCACUCUAACAGGGCUAAUUUCUGCACUAGUAUUGAAGCAUAUUGAUUUAAGGAAGACACCUUCCUUGGAGUUUGGGAUGAUGAUUAUCUUUGCAUAUCUUCCUUAUGGGCUUGCAGAAGGCAUCUCCCUCUCAGGUAUCAUGGCCAUCCUAUUCUCUGGUAUUGUGAUGUCACAUUAUACACACCAUAACCUUUCCCCAGUUACACAGAUCCUAAUGCAGCAAACCCUACGAACUGUUGCCUUCAUGUGUGAAACAUGUGUGUUCGCAUUUCUUGGCCUGUCCAUUUUUAGUUUUCCUCACAAGUUUGAAAUUUCUUUUGUCAUCUGGUGCAUAGUACUUGUGCUGUUUGGUAGAGCUGUGAACAUUUUUCCUCUGUCCUACCUCCUAAAUUUCUUCCGUGAUCAUAAAAUCACUCCCAAAAUGAUGUUUAUCAUGUGGUUUAGUGGUUUACGUGGAGCAAUUCCAUAUGCCCUGAGUCUUCAUUUGGACCUGGAACCCAUAGAGAAACGGCAGCUCAUUGGGACAACUACCAUAAUCAUUGUGCUCUUCACCAUUCUGCUGCUUGGAGGAGGGACAAUGCCCCUUAUUAGACUGAUUGACAUUGAAGAUUCAAAAGCCCGAAAAAGAAAUAAGAAGGAUAUCAAUCUCAGUAAAACAGAAAAAAUGGGUAACACCAUUGAGUCUGAACAUCUUUCAGAGCUCACAGAAGAAGAGUAUGAAGCUCACUACAUCAAGCGUCAGGAUCUCAAGGGCUUCAUGUGGUUUGAUGCAAAAUACCUAAAUCCUUUUCUCACUCGGAGGCUCACUCAAGAGGAUUUGCAUCAUGGACGAAUUCAGAUGAAAACUCUUACCAACAAAUGGUAUGAAGAAGUGCGCCAGGGACCAUCUGGCUCAGAGGAUGAUGAGCAGGAACUGCUCUAAUGCAGAAGAGGCUGUAGGACAAUUACAAAUGAGAUUACCAUCAUUGAGAUUUUUAGUCAUGUACAAGGUCUGAUGCUAAAAGCUGUAAGAAACCUUGAAGCUUAUGCCUCCCCGGAGGCAGCCCUGUAUGUAAGUAUGCUGCACAUACAGAUACUGUUAAGUAUGACCUCCUCUAGAUGAACUAGUUUUGUUCAUAAUUGCUGUGGUAUUUAAGAAUAGCUAAGUGGCUUUAAAAAAAUGAAUGAUGAAUUUUAAGCUAGAAUUUCCCAGACCUCUAAGCCAAGAUGGUUGCUUUGAAAUAUGUGUUUUACCCCUCUUAUUGUCCAUUUUAGAUGUCUGCCAUAAAUGUUGUGCAUCAAUACUUACUUGUUUGACAACUCUACAAGAGUGAAUAGCACAUUCUCUGUAGAAUUUUUCAUUAUUGCUUCUCUGCUGUGAACUUUCAUAGGUCAAGCUGUGAAUUGUGUGACUUUUGGUAAAGAAGAAUGUCAUUUCUGACCUUGAACAUUAGAAGUGACAGGAAUAGAUAAUAGUGUGUGGCUGUAACUUUUAAAUGGUCUCAGCCUUUCCUGGACAAGUGUUUUCAUUGUGCUUGCCGAGUUGGCAGGCAGAAUCCUGACAUGAGCAGACAUCUGCACAUGUAAGACCGGACGGCCUCCCCUUCAAAACAACAACAACCAAAACCACAUACUACAAAAUAUUAAGGUAUUCCAAUCCCCCAAAAGAUAGUUUUAUUUGAAAAGACAAAGCACCCAGUAUAUUAGUUUUGAUACCUCCUCUUUUUUUCAGCACUCCAAAGAAAUAAAAAUUGGCGAUGUCUUUUUUGUUUAACACGUUGACGCCAUGUACAGAAUCUUAGGGUAACAGGCAGCUAGUUUCCCCCAGGAAACUUUGAAUGUUUACAUUUGAACCCUUAGUCAGAUGCAAGUCCCAUUACUUCACAUGGGAUUAGGAGGUGUGCCUCUCCUACACUGCUCAUAUAGCUGAGUCAAGGUGAAAUUCUAGUUCUUGCCUCCGUAGAGUGCCAAACAGACAGAUUGAUAUCAUUGGCCAACAUCUGUGUUUUGUUGUAUGUAUGCUUUUAAAAAGCAAAAAGAAUCUUCCAGUCCUCAUAACCGACUUCUGACACAGGCAACGUGCCGGAGGGCAGCUCCCUGGUCAUUUUGCCUGGUGUGGCCUCUGGCCACUUCUGUUGCCUGUUUCUCCUCUUGCUCUUUCCUAGCUCACCAAAGCUCUUCCCAGCCUUACUGUCACAAGCCUCGGGCUGUCACAGCCCCACUGUCGUCGCUGUUCUCAUCAACCCUCUUUAACCAGUACCGCUGUCAUCACGGCCAUGACCAUUUUUAUUAUCGUCAUCAUCUGGUGAAUGAAAGUAACAUCCAGAAUCUGGUUCCCCUUGAAAAGAGCAUUUGAACAGUACAAAUCUCCAGGUCACUGCUCUGAUAGCCUUGAGAUUCCCAUUAAGAAGGAGGACCUGAAAGUCUUCUCUAGGCUGUUGGGACCACUCUGUGCCCUUUCCUUCCUGCCACCGUGUAGACAGUCAUGGCUUGAACAAACAUCUGUACAUACAGAUUCUGGGCGUUACCUCACCUCUUCUAGUCACUAUAGAUGUGUUAUAAUUCAUGCAAAAAGUAGUUCUCUAAAGUGACAAGCAUUUAAAAUAUCUUUGAAAAUCUGUGUUCUUCUGCUUAUGAUACUCUUCCUUACACCUGAGAAAUAAAAAGAUCAGUAAUCCAUUUAAAAAAUAUCUAUUAUAUGGUGAGAAGCUGUAUGACAGGGUAGGUAAAAAGCUGGUUUAGGAAGAUUUGGAGUCAAGCCCUUCCUUUGAUACAUAGUAAUUGUGUGAUCAUGGCUAAGUUAUAGAACUGCUAAGUAAGUGUCCACUUAAUGUCCCAGCCAGCUAACUCCCUAACAUUACAGAUUGCAGGUGUUGGAAGAAUUUCUACACUGGGGGCCCUUUUUUACUGAUGAAAUCUCAGGGCUGGACCUAUUUCCUCAAAAUAAUAUAAAAUAUUAAAUGAAGCUUCUGACACCACAGUAUUCUGAAUUUCAGGGGCAGUGACCAGCUAAUCUUUUCUAUUACCCUCUGCACUUUGGAGAAAUAAAUCAUAUCAGUGUGAAGUGAAAUUCACAAAGCUCCCCUUAUAGACUAGCCUGAAACUCACUUUACAAGCCUUACUCUGUCACUAAUAUCUUACUUAGUUGCCUUGAGCACAAUUUAAUUUAAUUUAGCUUUUUAGGAAAAAACCAUUUAUCACAAGUGGGAUGAUUGGUUCAUAUUAAUGUCCUUUACUCAGGGCAGUGUGCAAAAAGGAAUGGCAGGUACACUCAUCCUAUUGAUUGAUUAAGAACAAUUAGAUCUUUGUAUUGAUCACUUUAUUAGCAGGGAACAUUAAUGAGUAUCAGUUAGUACUGGAAAGAGUUAGACUUGGUACUUGACUGUCAAGUUUAAAGUCUAACCAGGAAAUGCUUUACAUAUCUUUUUUUUUUUUUUUGAUUACUGAAAAGUUAAAUUAUACUUUUAGAGGAGAUUUACUUUCCUAUACAAAAUUACUCCAAGUAUUCCAGCAUCAUGCUUUAACUUUUAUGAUAAUGGUAAAAUAGCUGAGGCAUGGGCAUGGGGGUGGAGGAAGGUAAGAAGGUUUACACCAGUAAGGAAGAUUGUCAUACUGAAGAUUGAAAUCCCAUUAUACUGGCAUUUUCCUAUUUUUUUUUAACAAUGAGAUGAAUCAAUAAUUAAUGACUUUAUACUGUCUUCACUACUACUGUAGAAUUUGAAUCCAUGAGAAAUGGGUCUAUUUGAUAUUCUCAGAUAUUCUCAAGGCUGAGGACCUUGAAUUAUAAGUUGUGAUAAUGAUUCUGGUUGACAUUUAUAUGAUAUAGAAGUUGGCAAACAGUUUUAUUUACAUUUUCUUACUUGAGUCUUACUUAUCCCUUAAAGGUAGCUACUUACUAGUGGUAGCUCUUGUUUAUCUCCAGGUGAAGAAACUAAAGCUCAAAGAGAUUAAUUAUAUCUAUGAUUUGCCCAUGAUUACAUUGGUCACAAGUUUCAGCAGUGGGAUUCAAACCCAGGCCUUCCAAAUCUAGUCAUGCAUCCCCUAUGACAAAUGCUUCUGUAUGGUCCAUAACAGAAAGAUCCUGACAAUCAGAGAACCUUCUCUAAAGCACUGCUCCAUCUCCAACCUUGAAAACAAUAUCAAUUGAGGUACAUUCAUCAAACCUUCUUACUCUGAUUUGUUAUUUAAAUUUGCUCCCAGAAUUUGUUGGGUCCUAAAUUUAGCUGACUUUGAAAGCUUACCAACAUUAUUGACCACGUACUACACUUUGAAAUUUAUGAGUAAUAGCAACAUUUAAAAACAAAGAUUUAAAUAAAUAAAAUAAAAUAAAAACAAAGAUUUAGUUGCUUCAGUGAUGAUGAUCUGCAUUACAUGCAUACCAGGAAAUAGCCAUGUCUCCAUUCUAAUCCUGCCUCAGUCACCAGAACUCUAUUCCGUAACUGAGCCAUUCUCUACCUUUCAGUUAUUGUUAAAUGGAAAUUAUAUAUACUGGAGCAAAUCCAUGUACAUAAAGCCCAAUGGAGAGGCUCCACAAGCCUUUAAUAAGAGGCAGCCUUUGUUAAAAGCUAAGGAGACAUCUGUAUAUAACACCAUUGGAGCUUUCCUGCCCUCUGCUGGAGGAAUACAGAUUUAGCUCCAACUAUGAAGAGUAUUUGCAUAGAGUUUAAGCAAUGAUUGUGCAAGUGAGUUAUUUGAAGAAAAUGAAUUUUCUUACAUAUAUAAAAGGAAAGAGUGACAAAUUUUUGGUGGAUUUUUAAAAAUAUGUAUUUCUUUAUAUAUAUGUAAAUAUUUAUAUAUAACCAAAAAUAUGCAGAAAGCAGUGCUCUUGAAGAGAUUAAUGCAUUGGAGAUUAUAAUUAUGAAUCUGAACACAACUUUCCUGACUUAUUUAUAUUUGGUGUACUAAAUAGAACUAUAAAACAGAAGAUUGAACUUUUUCUUAAGGGAAUGAGAGAAGUUUAAAAUUGCGAAGCCUUUUUUCAAAGGAUUUUCAGAACUAGAAGUAGCCUUCAAGAUGAUCUUUCUACCACUUCAUUUUACAGAAAUUAUGCACCGUAGAAUAGGAAUAACUUAAGCAAGUAAUAAUAGCCUCAUAAGCAGAAAAUGUCGCUUAUAAAUAAUGCUAAUGAAGUUUGAUACAAGAGAAAGAUCACCAUUGGCCAGCUGUCAAUAUAGGAAACUUGCCAACUGGAUUUUUUUUUUUUUUUUUUUAACCAAUGACUAAUGCCAUUGAAACUAGUUGUCUGUAUCUUCGAGUUGAGUGACAUCACUCAGAAAUGGGGGAGAAAUCACUCAGAAUUAAGGCACAGAUGUAACAAUUUGUAUGAAGCAUGAAGAGGAAGUGGAAGGAGAAACAUCCUCUUCCUUGAGUUUUGGAUGUGGUGGUGAAUGGAGGUUUAAGUGAGUGAGGCUCUCCCAGUUCUGGCCCAUCCCGUCUCCUAUUUGCUAUCUGUGGCUUCCGGAGAGAAGUGGAAAGGAAGUUAGCCAUUCUCCCCAGCUUGCAUCCAUCAGUUGCUGUUGGCCUUGUCCGGCGGCCACCUGCAAAGCUGCUUCAGUGCACUUCAUUUCACGGGAGUGCCAGCCAGGGCUGGACAUAGUCCGUCUUCCAUAUGCACAUGGAAAGUUGAUGACAGACCCAGCCAAAAAAAAAAAAAAAAAAAAAAAAAAAAAAG